AGUGCGAGAUGACCAGGCGAUUCGAGGCCGAGGACUCAGAGGGCUCCAACGAUGCUAUGUCACCAUCCAAGGCCAAGGAUGGCAUGGUGAACAACAUCACGCUGUGGCAGUUCCUGCUGGAGCUCCUCCUCAGCAACCAGUACAAGCACAUCAUCACGUGGACCAACUCUGAGGGCGAGUUCAAGCUGCUCAACGCGGAGGAGGUGGCUCGCCUUUGGGGACUUCGCAAAAACAAGACCAACAUGAACUACGACAAGCUGUCCAGGGCGCUGCGCUACUACUACGACAAGAACAUCAUCAAGAAGGUGCUCGGACAGAAGUUCGUCUACAGGUUCGUCUCCUUCCCCGAGAUCGUCAAGAUGGAGAACAAGAUUCCGUUCCACGUCAAGAUGGAGAGCCUGGGCAGCAACAGCAGUGCCAAGCCCCCGGCAGGAGGCGGCAUGUCACCCUAUUCCCCCGGCGGCUCCGGCCUGCAGCCCGGCGCGCCCUCACCCUCCAGCAGCCACCAGGGCAGCUCCAGGCUGCCCUCACCCGCCCACGCGCCCACACAUCCCCUCACCACGCCGCCCCCGGCGCACAUAGGCUCAUACCCAUCAUUAGGUCCUCUGGCGCACAUGUACACCGCCGCCGCCUUCUCCCAGAUGGCGGCCGCCAGCCUCGGGGGCUACCUGUCGGCCCUCGCCCGGAGGCCCGAGCCCGAGGCGCCCGCCCCCAGCCAGCCGCAGAACACGCUGUGGCCGCCGGACCUCGGCCAGCGGUCGCCGUCGCCGCCCUCGGAGGACUCCGGCGACGGCCUGCCCUCGGCGCCGCUGCACCUGGUCACGGAGGAGGCGAGCCGCAGGCGCCGCGAGGAGGAGGCGGAGGAGCGCCGCCGCGAGGAGGAGCAGCGGCGCCCGCGCUCGCGCUCGCCUCGCUCGCAGUCGCCGUACGCGCACUCGCCCGUGCCCCGCCUGCGCUCGCCCAUCCGCCCACGAUCCCCCCUGCCCUCGCCGCCGCCCCUAUCCCCCCUCACGCCCCCGCCCGUGCGCGAGCAGAAGCCGGCGCUGAGCGUGGCGUCGCUGUCGGCGUCGUCGUCGGCGUCGCUGUCGACGGCGGGUAGCAAGGCAGCGGCGGCGGCCAAGGGGCGCUCGGGACCCAAGCCCAAGCCCUCGCCGCUGUCCAUCGAGGCCAUCACGGGGUCGCCGCCCGUGCUGUCGCCGCGCCAGUUCUCGGCCUCGAGCCUCAACACGCCGCUGGUGAACCUGCCGUCGCCGCCGUACAGCGGCGUGGGCACCAAGUCGCCGUACCUGCCGCUGCACCUGUGGCCGAGCCUGAGCCCGCUGGCCAACCUGAGCCCGCAUUACGGCUCGCCGCGCAGCCACCACCACUUCACGUUCCCGGCGCUGCCGCAGUACUCGCACCUGCCGCCGCCCGUCGUGUCGCCGCUGCUGUCGUCGACGACGUUCGACUUCUCGGCCCUUGCGUCGCCCACCGAGAAGAGCGCCACCGUGCCCGUCCUCCAAUGACCUGAGGCCGUCCCCGCCCCCCGCCCUGCCCACUCCCCACGCUCGACGCCCCCCACCGCCACGUCCAGUGCCAGCAACCUGCCGCCGAGGUAGCCCUGCUGGGGCCUAGAGAUCCGUAGGCUAUGUGGUCGAGUUGCUUGUGCCUUCAGGAUGCGGUCCUGUAGACUCAGUACAAAUAGGACGCGAGGAACCGGCUUCCCGCGCCCGUUCGGCAGAGGCGGAGGCGUGGACGAAGGACCAGGUGGACCUGAGCCUCAAGGCGUCCUGCCCGUGAACCUCCACCAAUCAUGUUGACUUUCUAAUAGAUUUUACUAAUGACUAUUUUAAUGUAAUUAUGGGUAUUUGACGAUUUUUCUUGGAUUAUUUGUAAAAUGUUUGUCAGUCCUGUCUAUAGACAUGGGAUUAUUCUCACACUUGACAAGGUCACAAAAAGCCAAUGACUGCUGGGCAUUUGUUUGUUUGUUCUGUGUAUCAGUGGACAGCAAAAGAGAAGCUCUUACACUAACUAAGCCCACCGUUUUACUUGAAAGUGUUAGGCUUAGGUAGUACAGUUUGUUUGUUUCGACAACCAGUGCCAACUCACCCGAGCUCAUGUUAGAAGAGGAGCCGACCCCACUCAGUGGUGCCAAUGUUGGGCCUUGAUAUAUAUUUUUUUCUAAGUUAAUGGGCAUCCCGCAGAAUGACGCAUUCUGUAACCGUGUAUUUGGAAGACGUAUGCAGACGUUACAGUCGGCGUCUACUUCCCUACGGUGCUUUCAUUGUAGGUUUAUCGAGUAUUUUUAACAACAGUCGCUCUCAUUCAUCUUUUGUCCCAGUUGAUUGUUCAAGAGGCAUUUUUCGCAUCCAUGUAAGCCCGGAAAUUCUUCUGGGGUUAAUUUCUUUGUGGUUUUACUUUCUCAUCAGUAGCUGUGUGGUGAAGCGGAUGGUGUUGUGAAGUAGUUGUAUUUAGUGAUAUUUAUUUUUUCUAUCAAAAAUAUUUUGAUUAGAUUGAAUCUGUUAGCGUCAUUGAUUCUUUUGUAUAUUGGUCCAAAAUCAGUCGAUAUGAGUCGACUUACUUGUUUUUUUUAACUUAAACAAAUCCAAGUCUUUAAUAUUUCAAAGUUUCUCGGAAUAGAACUGAACGUGUCCUCACUUGCACGGGAGUUCUACUCGGAGUCUAGCCCCAAGCCCCUUGCCCUUCACCCGCAGUGUGCUGCAGCGCCCAGACACCACGCAGUGAUUUCCAGUGUGGUUGUGCAGUUCACCCGUGAUUUUGAUUUUACUCCAAAGCAAAACCUCUCCUGGGAAAUGAACCGACUCCUAUCCAAUGCCUCUUGCGAAACAUGACAAUCAGUAUAUCAGCUGGCAUCGACCCCACCAUUCGCUUCUCAUCAUUUCAUUUAGUUAAGAUGAUCCUCAUUAUGUAAACUCCUUAUAGGAGUGUUAUUCUUUUUGGAAGGAAAUUUUUCUCGCUCAUCUCAUCAUCAUCACCACCAGCGCCUUGUGUUUGAAAAAAGACUUUUUCUGAGAGAAGUCAAAUGUUUUUUUUUCUGUUGAUUAUUUGUUUGGUAGAAAAAUUUAUAAUCAUCCAAUUAAUAAUGUAACAAUCAUAGUGAUAAGUGAUAAAAAAUGAAAUGUAAGUGUUAUUUUGCAAUCGUUGUUGGAUUAUUGAACUGUGAUAUUGCAGAAUAAUGACGUCAUUCGUUCAACAUUCCUAAAGUGAGACCAGUUGACCAUUGGCCAGUGUUGCAGUGACGUGGACAUGCCUUUCGUUGUGUGUUGUAUGUUCUUGACGCGGCCAUUCCAUUGACCAACAGGGUGUGUCUUUUGGUGUGUUUUUUUAUAUAAUGUCUUGUGAAGAGGGAAUGAGAAUGUUUUUUCGUAUGCUUAAUGGAACUCGAUUCUAAUUUGUUUUUUAAAAAAUACAGAAAUGAAUGCCUUAUGUAAAUAGUUGUACAUGACUUAGAGCUGUUAAGUUUAAGUGCCUGUAUCACCUGUGUUGUCCUGACAUGACCUCCUUUGGGGUGAGGUCACGGGUGGAUGCGGGACCCAGAAUAAUGCAUUUUUUCAUUAUCUUUUCACUGUAGUUUAAAAGAACUAACGGGUCAUCAGGGCCCCCACCCCCUCCCCCCCUCACCCGCACACACUCAGCGCUAGUUCAAACUUGGCCUCUUCCUCGCCGUCUCCUUCGACGCCUCUCAGUCCGGCCGGCCAGUACCUCGGGGUACUCGCCGCGGCCGUUGUACACAAUGGACAGUGAAUAUGGAAAAAAGGUUGAUGGUGCAACUUGUGCCUUACCGCCGGAGGGGGCACCUCUCCCCCGGUGGACUCUUUAACCCCCUCGUCAUCAACCCGGAACUCCCCCCACAUCUUUCCCCCCCUAUCACUCCCCCACUUCUCCCUCUACCACUUGUGCCUUACGAGAUGAUAAGGAGGAGGAGGUCGCCGAGAGGAUGUGUCGCAGGCGCCCUGGAUCUCCCGGCCCCCUCCCCCUCCCUUCUGUCACGCCCUGAGCCUCUCCGCCGUGCCCAACCCAGCUAGCCCCCGGAGUGCCAAGCUGUGCCCUACUGUAAACUAGUGCCAUAACGCACCCAACAUCUCAGGAGCUGUACAAUCUAGGCUGCUUUUUUUUCUUGUUAUGAUGGACAUCACCCCCUUCCCCUACCCCCCCUCUCCCCUCCAUCCUCCCCUCCCGGUUCCCCCUUCUCCCCAGUCCCCUUGCUCCUUUCUUCCACACGAACUGCGUGUAACAUCCGUACAUGAAGAGUAAAUAAAAAAGUUUUUAUUUCUUGUUACUGUUGGCUUUCUUAUUGAGGGCAGUUUUUAAAAGAGAGAGAGAAAGAAAAAGAGAAAAUAAACCUAUUUUAUAAGCAUUUUUAUAACCAUUCAAUAUCAUUUUUUUACACUUUUUUGUACAACUGAUCUUCCAAAUACAGAUGCAACGAAGUGCCAAAACCUCAGAAUAACAAACGUUUGGGAAGUCAGGGUAGUGAAGUGCAGCCAAGUGUUUCAGGUUGGAAAGAUAACGUUAAGCCAAAUAAGUAAAGACUGCUUGGAAACCUUCACGUGUUGGACUGUGUUCUUGAGUGAAAAAAACGUAUUUAUUUUUCUUUUCUUUUAAUUUUGUUUAUGCGAUAAAGAGGAAGUAUAUAGGGCCUUGGAUGUAUUUUUUUUUUGUUAUAUGAUUUUUUCAAAUCGUUUUAUUGUGCCAAUAAAGAUCAAUAGUGGUUUUUAAUCAGUGCCGAAGGAGGUUGCAUAGCUCAAGUAUUUUUAUUGUACUCCCCUUGUGAUAUACACGUGCCAUUUGAUAAUAAAAUGGACCAAAUUUAAAA